AGCUCGCUCGCUGCGAGGGCAGGAGCGGAUUUAAAAGAGGCCAGGGCAGGCGGAGGGAAGUUGUGGAGUGAUCGCAAAGCGCAGCGCGCAGCGCCAGGCUGCUGCACAGGACACCCACCGACUGGCGCUGCCAGAGCGAACAGGGGCAGGAGGCGCGCUGUGAGCCGACAGAUCCCACCUGGUUGGCGUCUCGGGGGGCCACACCGACCCGUCCCCGUCCGCGACACGGUCCCCGUGUCUCUGUUCCUGGGCUGCACCCCUCUGGCCAGCAUGAGGCUCCUGGCGGCCGCGCUGUUCCUGUUGCUCCUGGCGCUGUGCGCCUCGCGCAUGGAGGGGUCCAAAUGCAAGUGCUCCCGGAAGGGCCCUAAGAUCCGCUACAGUGAUGUGAAGAAGCUAGAAAUGAAGCCAAAGUACCCGCACUGCGAGGAGAAGAUGGUUAUCAUCACCACCAAGAGUAUGUCCAGGUACCGUGGCCAGGAGCACUGCCUGCACCCCAAGCUGCAGAGCACCAAGCGCUUCAUCAAGUGGUACAACGCCUGGAGUGAGAAGCGCAGGUACGCUCACCGCCUCUCGCCCUCUCACCCUUUUCCGCCCUUCCUCCCCAGCAGGCUGCAGCUCCCAGGAGGAGAAGGGCCCUCUACAUCAGGUCACCUAACCCCAUGUAAUAUGUGAGUGCCCUCCACAGUAUGCACAGACACUGCUUACACACCCCCAGGGACAGGGAACUCACCACUUCACAAAGCAGGCUGCAGCUCUCUUGGACAGGUAUACAUAUUAAAGAUUUAUCUCUUUGUGACCUAAAGUCUGUUUCGUUAUAACUUUCAUAUUAUAGCCUUAAUUGCCAUUUUAAAAAGUCACAUAAGCCAUCAAAUGGUUAGGCAAGUACCUCGCCUGGCUGUCCCUUGUGGAUCUGAUCUUGUGGGGUGAAGUGUGACCACUUAUUGACUUUGUUAACCAUAAAACUGUGGGUGCACCUAGGAGAUGAUGAGGGUAACUCUGCCAACAUAUUCUCUCCAGGAUGCCCCAUGAUUCUCCAACAUUCCUUCCUGUGCAGGUGCUAGAAGAGACUCUGGGUCUGAUCCUUUAAACCAGCACUACUCUUACUCAGUGAGAAUGCCGGUGCCCUGGACCAAACCCCAGCAUCUCCUGGGCUCUAUUUUCCCAUAGUCAGAAAACCCUAGCUCUGACCCCUGUGGUCCGGGUCUGGACCUGGAAGGGAGGCCACUUCCCAGGUCCCUGAAUCAUGUAAAGGUGAGCUAUCCUAGAAAUGGCCCACUCCUUCAGCCUGCAGGGCUCGUGGUCACCUUUCCCAGUGCCAGCACCUCAUCCUACACAAGGGGGAAAUCAAGGCGAGACUCAGAGGAGAGUAACUUUCCUGGGAGCACAGGACAAAGCCAGGCCCCCAGGAGAGAGGGUCAGCCCCAGUGGGUAACUGGGCUCCCCUUCCCACCACCUGGCCAGGCAUCUCUCCCUCAGGCCCAGUCCUCAGACCAGAUUUCCUACAGCUAUUGCACCUGAGCCUGUUUUUGCUGCCUCCAAAACUGCCUUGUUUGCAGUUGCCUGAAAUGGGAGUGAUGAGGGUGAUGGACUAUUUUCUAUGUAUCUGAUGGGAAUGGUGCCCUCCUUCCGCUUAGAACAGACAGCUCACAGAGGGACCUGCCUUUUCCCCUCUCUGCCACCCUCUAAGCCCUGCAUCAUCAAAAGGGAGUGAGGAAACCCAGAGCCAGCUAAUGGAGGGGUUGAGAACAUCUCACUUUAGCUCCUGGGAGACACUCAAGCCUUGUGCCCACCUUGCCCCUCACCUUGCACCUGGGUUGUGGCUCUGAAGGCGAGGAGGUGCCUGUGAGUCUAGCAGCCCUGCUUUUCCACUUCUACAAAUUGCACUGAGAGAACCUCUUCAUCCUCAGACCUGCCCUCUUCUCACUGCGUCAUGGGUUCAUCCUGCUCUCUUGGGUGCUGAGGUUUGACGAGAGGAAGGAGCGUGCCCUUGCUCUCUACUCCUCCUCUGUAAAAAGAUAAAAAAUGCCCCAAUGAAUGUGGAAUGGAGAUAAAGGAACUGUUUGAAGUCUUCUUGGGAGUGGGGCUGGGGGACAGGCAGGGUCAGGCCUGUGAGGAAGUUCUGAGCAUCUCAGAGACCAGAGCUUCUGGCUGCCACAGGAAACAGCCACAUCAGACUUUCUACUUCAACACGUAAUUUGGUGGUCUUAGAAAUCAAGAGCAAGGCAGAGGGAAUGAUGGGCCGUCAGAGUGCUAAGUAUGGACUUGGGGCAGCCAUGGGACAGAAUUUUUUUUAAGAAAAUGUAAAAACCUAAGUGGAGCCAGCUUGGGAGUGAGGGGAAAGAUGACUCAUGAAUGCCUAAUAACUAGUCAGGUGAGACAACACAGCCGCCUCGGAGCCCCAGCCCUGCUGACCCCUCCUCUGUCCUUAGGCUUUUAGCACUGGCGCGUCUCUGGAGGAGAAGCCUAAGUCUGAAGAGAGCAUACCCGUGGCUACUUUCUCUAAGAGAGGGGCUCUGUACAGAUGAAUGGAAGGCGGAGCUGCUGGAGAGGACUCGGCUCCUUCACCAUCUAUCCAUGGUCACUGAGCCCAGCUUAGGUCUUGAGGCUCCUCAGUUUCCUCACACAGAAGAGGGUUUUCAACACAGGACCUUGAGGAGAUAAGAUGGGAUUGUAGAGGGAAGGCUUAUUAGAAAGGGCAAAUCCAGAUGUGUGAGCUUUGGUGGCCUUCGUGAUCACAAUCAUGUCCCCAGAGAUGUUCCUCCCGCGUCCCCAGCUGAAGUCCUCAGAGGAGGCUGCACCCCGCAGGCCAAAGGAAGCCACUCAGCAGCAGAGCUACAAGAGCCUGCAUCAGGUUCUGAGCCACUAACACCUGUGUUUUCUC